UCUUCUUCUCUCACUAUCUCAUCAACACUCUAAAAUAUUAUUAGUCCGAAACCAUGUCUACAUAUUUACGCUUUUCCUUCUCUGAUCUCUUAGUGUUGUUCUUUCUUUUACUCACGGCCUCUUUAUCUUCUCCGCAACCACUUUGUCAUCAAGAUGAGAGCUUAGCUCUUAUGCAAUUCAAGGAUAGUUUUAUCAUACACAAUGAUACUUUUUCAUCUUGCUAUCCCAAGACUGCAUCAUGGAGUGUAGAAGCAGAGCAUGGUAGAUCAGAUUGCUGCUCAUCAUGGGAUGGGGUUGAGUGCGACCCCCAUACAGCUCAUGUUAUUGGCCUUGACCUUAGUUACAACUGUCUCUAUGGUUCUAUCAACUCCAACAGCAGCCUCUUCCGCCUUUCUCAUCUUCGGAGACUUAAUCUUGCUCAUAAUGACUUCAAUUACUCUAAAAUCCCAUCUACCAUUGGCAAUCUUUCAAGGCUAACAUAUCUUAAUCUCAACUGUUCUCAUGUUUCAGGAGAAGUCCCCUACGAAAUUUCAUACCUCUCCAAGUUGUCAUCUCUGGAUCUUUCUUGCAACAAUCAUGAUUUACAUAUUGGAAGUCUAACAAGGCUGCAAGGAUCCCUCCUGAUUCCACCACCAUCUAUCAAUAAUUAUCUAGUCAGGAAUAAUUCAUUUACAGGAGAGGUCUCACCAUUGUUUUGCAAUCUAAGUUCACUUUCUGUGCUUGAUUUGUCAUUUAACAAUUUGAGCGGCCUGUUGCAUCCAUGUUUUUGCAACUUAAGCCAGACUUUGCAAGCACUCGUACUACAAAGCAAUAACAUCAGUGGAACCAUCCCCGAUGCAUGGGCAAAAGGGUGUAGCUUAAGGUUGAUCGACUUGAGUCACAACCAAUUCCAAGGUCUGCUCCCAAGAUCAUUGGCCAAUUGUAAGGAGUUAGGGCAUCUUGAUGUUGGUUACAAUAAGAUCCAUGAUACCUUUCCCUUAUGGUUAGAAACUCUAACUAAGCUGAAGGUUUUCAUUCUUCGGUCUAAUGGAUUUUACGGUGCAAUCAGAAAUAUCCAAAUCAAUUGCACAUUCUCCAACUUGCAUAUCAUCGAUCUCUCUGACAACAAUUUUUUUGGAGAUUUGCCCGGAGAAUGCUUCCAACGGUGGAAUGCCAUGAAAUUGUUUGGUGCAAACGAGUCGCAAUACAUGGACUACGACAUCCGUUUCUCAUUUACACUACCACUAACACUAACGAGAGGUAUAAAGUUGGAGUAUGAGAGGAUCCAACAUGAACUCAAAGUCAUUGAUUUAUCAUGCAAUAGAUUUGAAGGAGAAAUUCCAGAAGUAGUGGGAAAUCUAAAAGGACUACACAUUCUCAAUUUCUCCAACAAUGCUAUCUCCGGUCAUAUCCCAUCAUCGUUGGCAAACUUGACAAAUCUAGAAAUAUUGGAUCUUUCUCAAAAUAAGUUUUUUGGAGAAAUACCCCCACAGCUCGCCCAACUCACCUUCCUAGCGUUUUUUGAAGUGUUCAACAAUUGUCUCACAGGUCCCAUACCACAUGGAAAUCAAUUUGAGACAUUUCCGAACAGUUCAUUUGAUGGUAACCCAGGAUUGUGUGGAAGGCCAUUGUCAAAAGCAUGUGGAGAUUCACUACAUAUACAUGAUCCAACGUCAACGUUUGAAGAAAAUCAAGAUUCAGUGUCUUCAUUUGAAUUUGGGUGGAAAGUAGUAGUGAUCGGGUACGGGUGUGGAUUUGUAAUAGGAAUUUUUAUUGGACAAUGGGUGAUCGCAAGGAAGCAAGAUUGGUUUGUAAAUGUCUUUAGAAUUAAGAAGUAGCAACAAACUCGAGAAUGAAUAAGUUAUAUAUUUAAUAUCUA